UGUUCAUAUGGCAAAAUGGGAGGUCCAUAAAUUCCAUCUUUACCUGAAAAAAAAAAGCCGCCAAAAAAAUAACGUUCCUUAUCUUGUUUCAGAACCAUAGAAAAAAGAACCUUCAUUCUUCAAUCCAAAUUCAUCAAAUUUUUUAGGUUCAGUCUUUCUUUUAUGGCCUGAAAACCCAUCAAUUUCUUCUUCUUCUUCUUCUGGUUGGAAUUCUGAACGUUUUAAUGGCCUUUUCAGCAAUUCAUUAUCAUGGUUCUUUGUUACCUUCACCUAGUGUUGAUCAUCACCAACAAACACCAAAUCUUAACCACAUUUCCACAAACACCAUUCAAGUUGCUAGAAAGGAAAAAUUAGUACCACAAAGUGUAGCAGGAGGAGGCCAGCAUUCCAAGAAAACAUCAGUGAAAUGUAACGUUAGUCUAGAAGACUUCAUUGGAGGUGAUUUGAUCAAGUUUGAUUUAGGCCAGUGGUUAUCAGAUGUUGAAGAACACAAAGCUUUGGCAAUUUAUCCGCCCCACGAAGGCGGCUAUGAAGGCCGGUAUUUCAUCAGGUUGAGACAACAAGGGUACCAUUUUCUGGACCUUACAGCUAAAGGACUCGGUGAUCCUGAAACAACACUUAUCAAGUUUCACCCUGUUUGCCCUCCUCAUAUAGGGAAGCAGCCAAUUGCUAGAUGGUAUUACCCACCAGAGAUUGAUUUUAGGCUCUCAAUGCUUCCACCAAAUGCAAAAGGGCUUGUGCUUUAUCUUCUUGAUGCAAAGGUAAAAAUAUUACUGUUUUCAAAAUUUUCUGCUGAAUUUGAACAAAGUUUUGGUAUUUUCUUUAAUUGAUGCUGGCUUAUGUUUUGACAUGGAUGAUGUAGGUUUUGUCCAAGGCCGAGCUACAAUUUCUUGCUUUACUUCCUACUUUAAGGCCUAAUGUCAGAGUCAUUGCAGAAUGUGGGAACUGGAGGAAGUUUGUGUGGAAGCCUCUCAAGGAAAUUGCAAGCCUUUAGUGCCAGAGGAAGCAUAAACUGGUGCCAUCUGAAGUCUUGCAUUUGUUUCAAAAGCUUCAAGGAUCAAAUAUUUGAUUAAGGCUCCACUUUACAAUUGUAAUUAUGGUGGAAACUCUGAGGAUCAUUCAAGGCAUAUUACUGAUUUUGCAGACUUAUAUGUUCAUUUUUACGCUUUUUUGCGAAUACUACUAAUUACUUGAAUGUUUCCAUGGAAUUGAAACACGUGAUCAGAGGGCAUUAUAGCUUGAUAGCCAAAUCAUUUCAUAAGAUAGAAGCUAUCACAUACAGAGGUUUUAGAAACCAACAUAUUUUACUUAUACAUAGUGGAAAUUUAUUGAAACCCUUCUGAGUUCUGAUAAGAAGACAGAAUCUGAAGUGACAAAGUGGGAGAUUCUGCAAAACCUAAGUGUGGGAUCCCAUACCGGCUCUGAGUUUCUUAAUGGUUGCCUGAUCAGUCUUGAACGACUGCGCUAGUAUCCCGUCAUCGACGCCCGAGGAAAGCAAGAUUGGUGGAAGAUAAACAUUCCCUGUGAUUCCUCCAAGUACAGCAACAGUUUUUGCAUCUGAAACAUUACUAGGAUUGGACUUGAAAUUCACCAGCCCUGAUGGAAACAAAAACAUGUCCCCGGGUUGAAGAGUGUUCUGAUAGAGUUUGUUUUGAGUAUCUACAAAUCCUACCUCAAGAUUGCCUUCCAAUAACAGAAGUAAUUCAGCUGAAUAAGGGUUAAUGUUAGGUGGUUCCAUUUCACCAGCAUUAUAUUGACGCACUGAAAGAGAGACUCCCUGGUUACUGCCUGAUAACUGGCUGUUCAUGGUUUGGUUUGGACAGAAUCCGACCAUGUCGGAAGAUAUUAAACCUCGUACCCCUUUGACGUUACGAGGAUUGGGAUUUGUCUGGUUUGAAAUCAUCUGUUUUGGGACUAAUGAUUCGGGUGCAUCUUCAGCAUGAACAGCUAAUAUAGCCAUCCACGAAUUGGCAAAGAGGGAUACAAUCAGAAGGCUUGAAAUUGUAAACUGAGAUGAGAAUGUGGCCAUGACGAUGAGCUGGUUUUUUGUCAAAAAGUGAUUGAUCUUUAACUAGUUACUUCCGUUGCAGGGAGAUAUUACUAGUGGAAGCUAUUUAUAACAGCAUAUGAUAAGUUACCGGUGCCGCGGGGCGGGUUGAUGGUCACUGAGUUUGUGUGAUUUGCAACUGAUCUGAAUAGACUGUGAAAGAUGAGCAAACAGAAUUACUGAUUGUGUUUUGUUUUCGAAUGAAGGCAUAGGAAAUAUUCACGUUUUUGGCACUUUGGUCAAAAAUAUUGUGAAGGGGAUCACACUAUCUGAAACUACAAAUGAGCGAAGACAUCCAUCCGCCUACGAGUUUUCGUAAUGAGAUUCUGUCACACGUAAUAAAGUUUUUUAGAUUGAUUCUCUAUCCAUCAAUCGAGAUUGAUAUAAAUAAAUCUUAAAAGAAAAAUUUGAAGAAUGAAAGUCUUGUCAAGUACCUAUGUGUGCUGGAGCAAACUAUUCAAAC